CCCGGAAGAGACUUGCGCUGGCUCGGUGCCAGGUAAAUAUUCAACAGAGGAUGCUAGCUCUCUCCAUGUCCGACACGACUAGAGGACGACAACUCUCGAACCACAGCAGCAAAGAUGAAACCACAUGAUUCCACCCUGGCGUUAAGGCUUCGAACUGAGAGUCAGUAGCCAUGGACGUGCUUGGCUCCAAAAACAAUGAAAGCACCUUCCCUUCUUUGGGGGACCUGGAUGACUUUCUCAACAAGCACAACUCAAACUUCAUCUGGUUGCUUGUGGCCACCAUUCUGUCCUGUGGAUGGAUCAUCUAUUUAACUUAUUACAACUCACGCAACAUCGGCCUCAUCCUCACCCUCAUCAUCAACAGACUCUACAAAGAUGGCUACAUCCACAUCGGUUCGUUCUCAUUCUCCGUCCUAUCUGGAAAAGUCAUGUUUCGAGACGUCUACUACAUCAACCGAGACAUGUCGAUCAGGAUUCAAGAUGGCUUCCUCAUAUUCCGAUGGUGGAAAAUGUAUAACCCAAAGCAAAAACAACACGACCCCAAGGCAGAGACGAGGCUUUACGUGACGGUGAACGGGUUUGAGUUUCAUGUCUACAACCGGACCGACCUCUAUGCGCGGCUGCAGGAGACGUUUGGCCUGGAGCCCACAUUGAUCACACCCAAGAAAGAUGAUGACCGGACUCGGGAGCAGAACAAGACCCUGGAGAGUGUGAACAUCAAGGCAGAAAGUCCCGACCCCGCUUCAUCAUGGCGCUCGCUCAUUCCCGUCAUCAAAGUGAACAUCAGCACAGGUCGUCUUGCGUUUGGGAACCACCACCUCCCUCAAACUCUGUGUGUGAACUUCGAAGAUGCCCUCCUCACAUAUGCCACUAAGCCUCCAUCCAGCCACCUGGAUCAGUACAUGCACAUCGUGAGAGGCUCGCUGGAGAACGUGCGAGUCAUGCUGGUACCAAGUCCACGCUACCUGGGCUUACAAAACGACGAACCUCCCAGACUGAUGGGUGAAGGCUUUGUGGUCAUGCAGUCCAAUGACGUAGACAUCUAUUAUUACCAAGACGAGCCUGGUCUGGUACCGGUGGAUCAUGAGGGUGUGGAGGAGGCAGAAACUUCCAGUGAGAACGAUAAACUUCAAGACCUGCCUCCAUGUUGGGGUCUGGACAUCGUCUGCGGGAAAGGAACAGACUUCAACUACGGACCCUGGGCAGAUCGACAGAGGGAAUGUCUGUGGAAGUUCUUCCUGCCGGCGGACUACCAGGACAUGAAGGUGACGGAGGCGGCACGGCCCGGAAACCCCCGACAGAUCCAAGCCUUCGAGCUGCGAAUGAACAUCAUCGCCGACGCAACCAUUGAUUUGCUUUUUACCAAAAACAGGGAAACCAAUGCGAUCCAUGUGAAUGUAGGUGCUGGUUCUUACCUGGAGGUCAACAUCCCCAUGACUGUAGGAGACAACGGUUACUCCCCUACCAUCAAAGGUCAGCUGCUUCACGUCGACACCACCAGCAGCAUGCAGUAUCGGACUCUGCUGGAGGCCGAAAUGUUAGCUUUCCACGUGAUCGCCAGCUAUCCCCGAGUCUGGAACAUGCCUCAGUCCUGGCAGUGUGAGAUUGAGGUGUACAAAGCCACUUACCACUUUAUCUACGCCCAGAAGAACUUCUUUACUGAUUUAAUCCAGGAUUGGGCAAGUGACAGCGCCCCAGACAUUUACUCAUUUGUCCCCUACGCCUGGAACUUCAAGAUCCUCUUCCACCAGUUUGAGAUGAUAUGGGCAGCAAACCAGCACAACUGGAUCGACUGUUCCACGAAACAGCAGGAGAAUGUGUACCUGGCAGCUUGUGGCGAGACGCUCAAUAUCGACUUCACUUUGCCAUUCAAUGAAUUUGUUCCUACCACCUGCCAUACGCGAUUCAGCUUGAAGGCGGAGGACACAGACAUGCGAUUGUCCCUGCCAGAGUGCCACCCCAGCCGCUACCCCCUGCUCACCCUUGCCAAAGACUACCAGAAUGUCAAGCUGCCCCCAGACAUGUUUAUGUCAGCGGAGAAUCAAGGUCCUCCCCCUCCCAAGCCCAGCAAGUCCCGGUGGAGAAACAUCACCCACGCAGAAGCUGGCUGGGUGGAUUGCUGGAGUGUGCCGAACUUCUUGCUCAUCAUCGACUACACCUGGCACCCAAUUUAUCCUCAGAAAGCUGACGAGCAGCUCAAACAGUCAUUGUCAGAAAUUGAGGAGUCCAUGCUGUCAUCUCUGCGGCCGCCUGAGCACACUUCAGUUCCCCAUAAUGUCCCACCGCGCUACGCCUCUGCCUCUACCUCAGCUGCCCACGGCAGGGUAUACACUGACCCGUCUGAGCUGCCCCCAGACAGACUUCAUGUGGAGAUGGAAAUGUCUCCAGAUUCUCAAAUCAUCCUUUAUGGGCCUUUACUGCGAGCACUGAUCUCCAUCAAGGAGAACUAUUUCGGUGAAGACGACAUGUACACAGACUUUGAGGAGGCGGUCACCAGCCCCGUUCUGUCCACAUCCACCUCGUCAGGCCUCGGCUGGUCCCUGCUGGGCAUGGAGGAUGGCCAGCGGAAGGACAUCUCCAACAUACAUCCUCUUGACCUACGUCCUUGGGACAUCACCGUUUUCAUCAACCUCUACAAAGUGCAUGGCCGGCUUCCAAUGCACUGCAGCAGCGAGGGUCCCGAAGGUCCUUCUGGCUUCUUGGAGAGACUGUGUUUUGAGAUGAAAAAGGGCUACAAGGAGACGAUGCUUCAGCUGCUCCUCUCGCCCAUUCACAUCUUUGUCAGCGACAACUAUCAGCGUCCAACAGCAGAUGCGGUUUUGAGAGACGGUCAUCUGAGUUUAUCUGGGCUGCAGAUGAGGGCUCACGCCAUGUUCUCGGCCCAAGGUCUCCCACUGGGCAGUGACACACUGGAGUACGCCUGGCUCAUCGACAUGCAAGCUGGAGGCCUCACUGGCAGGGUCACUGUUCCACAGGUGGCCAGCAUGAUCGAGUGGGGGGAGACUUUUGUUUUCCAAGUGAUGUCUCGUGAGUUCCAGCUGGAUCAACCCAAACCCGUUGUUCUCUGCCAGCAUGGGGUCGAUCGGCGCACCUGCGACGCGAAGCUGAGCUGCUUGCCGAGUCACUGCCGCACGUCUGAGGAGCUCAAGUACACCAUGACCCGUCUGGCGGUUGAUGGAGUGGACCUGUUUGUGGUGGAGCACGGCUGUGCUGCAAAUAUCAAGACUGGUAUAAUUCGAGUGGCCAACUGCAACUUGCACAACCAGGCAGUGGGCGAGGGCAUCAGUGCUGUGAUGCAGGACAUAAACAUCCGGCAGUAUAUUGAGCAGCAGCAGCAUAGCGAGGCAACCAGAAUGCAGCCAGCUGGCCAAGGUCAAGGGUCAGGUCAGCCCCCAGGUCUCGGACAGCCACCUUUGCUGCGACGCUCCGUGUGGCUGGAGGCUGGUUCAGUCAACCUGAACCUCAUCACCGCUGACAUUGCCCUGGCUGCUGACCACUCGGCCAAAUGUGAGGUCCAGAGGCACUUUUUGGAAACACAUGAUGCCCAAACCAAAAGACUCUGGUUCCUGUGGCCAGAUGAACCUGGCUGUCGUAACAAGCGCAAUAGGAACCGUUGUGGCUGCCUCGGAGGCUGCAGGUUCUUUGGAGGCACCAACAUGGGCUUGGACUUCUUCAAGCUGGAAGAACUCACACCCUCCACCUCGUCUGCCUUCUGUUCCACAACCUCUGAGUCCGACAUGAGCUACGGUCAGUCUCUGCUUCACCCUGGCGAGUGGAUCAUCACCAAGGAAGUACCUAAAGUGGACGGGAGGGUUGUCGGACUGAAGACAGAGUCUCACUCCCCGUGCAUUCCACCGGAGGUGCCUGAGAGACGUGGCCAGCAGCACCUCAGUCUGCAGGUGCCUCAGUGCUCCCACAGCUCUGCUUCCUCCCCGGAGGAAAACAGCACUUCUAGUGCUGCGCUACCUCUGCUGGCUAGAGAGAGGGACAGUCCCUCACCGAGCACUGAGGAGAGGGUGUUCCCAAUUAAUGGCAAAAGUCCUGCUGACACUCUUGGUGAAGUCCCAGAGAUCUCGCCUGUCUCUCCAAACAGCUCCCAGGAUCGCUCUUCAGUUCGCUCCCCCCUCUGCUCCCCUCUCAAGCGCCAGUCGUCAGUCCACUCGGGACGCCUGGGAAGCACGAAGAGCCUGUCGGCCGCCGUCUUCACUGCCGACAAGCCACCGCCAGUGCUCUCUGGCGGGGUUCAGUUCAGCGAGGUGUCCCGCAGUGACGAGAACGUCUUAGAUUCGCCCCGUCAGCGAAGAAGCUACGGCUCCUUCCCUUUCACGCCCUCGGCGGACUCGAACACCUUCCAUCAGUACCGCUCCGCCGACUCCAGCAUGUCGGUGGCUGACAGCGAAGCGUACUUCUCCGCCACCGAGGACUUUGAACCCAUCAGCAGUGCUGACGAGGGUCCUGGGACGUACCCAGGCCGCAAAAAGAAAAGGAGGCAGCAGAUGCAGCAGCCACAACAGCCGCCAUACUACAUGGAGAACUACAGUCGGAACUCCAUCUACCACAGCGUUGAAGGACCACUCACCUACGUUCUCAACGGCGAGCUCAUCACAGAACCACGCCCCCUGCCCAUGCCACCCACACUGCCUCCUUUACCCCCACAGCCACUGCCCAGCCACAUCUCUCAGGCCUCCUUCGUCUCAGCUCUAGCCAUGGAGGAGGAGAGCUCAGUGGAGGCAGAGAAGACUGCCGAGCCGGGACCUGUCACCCGGCAACCACAUGUCAUGGCCUGCUACCAGAGCUACCUGGCCCACUAUCAGGUUUCCAACUGGUCUGUGAAGCAGCCCACCAACAAGAGAACCUCCAAGUCUUCCCUUCAUCGGCCCUUGGAUUUGGACACGCCCACGAGUGAAGAGAGCUCCACCUCCUUCGACCAGCUCUCAGUUCCAAGCUUCAAGGUGGUGAAGCAGGGACUCUCUGCCAGCUCUCUCCUGGAUAGAGGAGAUCAGCUGAUGGGAGAGCACCACAGUACACCGUACACACCGCUAGAUAAGAGAGCGAUGGACAACACAGAUGAAGAUACGACGACAGACGACUGGACUCUGGACCAGCCAUUAGCUCAGACCAGGACCACAGCCAUCGUGGAGGUGAAGGGGGCGAUCAAUGUGGUGCUCACCCCGCUCGUGGCAGAGUCUCUGGACAGGUAUAUUGAGUCAAUGGUUCAUUUCGUGAGCAUCCGUCACCCUGCAGCGAUUCUCGAUGACCUCCAUGGCAAAGUCCUUAAUGAGGCAUACCAGAUCAGCAAGUCCACUGUCACCGAGUCUAGUCAAGCUGGCAAGCAGGAGCACAAGCUUUCCAAGACUGAGGGCACGACCCCCGGCUCCCUCAACAUCUCCCAUGGCCAAACGGACCUGUCCGUCAAACCGGAUAAUGUGAAAAUCAAGGGCCUCCAAGCCAACGUGUCCAUCCCCAAGGUGAACCUUUGCCUCCUGCAGGCCUCUGUAGAAGAGGGGUCUCCAUCCUGUUCCAAUAAAACCGUCACGCAUGUUUCUCUGGUUGCGCUGUGCUUCGACAGGAUCGCCACUCAGUUCAGGAUGAACAGGGGUAUCGUGGAGGAAAAUCCAAACACCACCGAACACGGUCGUCCUUCUGUGAUGGACGCCUCCGCCAACAAGAUGCAGCCUCAGUCUUCCGGCUCGCUGCGGUCCAACGCUGGCAUUGAGAAAGGCAAAGAAAUAGCCGCAAGAUUGAACAUCCACCGCAUCCACAGUCAGCUGAGAGGCCUGGACUCCACUGACAUCGGCACGUGUGCCAUCACUGCCAUCCCCUUCGAAAAGUCCAAAGUUCUGUUUGGGCUGGAGGAAAUGGAGGAGUUUUCAAUGGUGGAUGAGACAGAUAGCACAGCAACAUCAGGCGAUCUGGGACGCUCCUUUCUGGAGAAAUGGGGCUGGAUUAUGUUUGAAUGUGGGAUUGAGAACCUCACAGUAAAAGGUGGCCGACAGUCUGGAGCUUUGCUUUACAAUGCCUUUGGGGUGAUGGGCCGCUCUGACGCCGGGGGGAAGAACGGCACAUCCAAAUCGAAUGGGUCCUCCAGCUCAAAAACAGGCAGUGGCUACAGCACAGACGUUUCAGACGAUAACCUGUCUCACGAUGAUGCCAGCCCCUCCGAUGAUGCCAAUGAACAUUCUGACUCUGACGAUCAAGAUGAAGGUGUGGAAUCGGACGACCUGAAGAAAGACCUCCCUCUCAUGCCACCUCCACCGGACUCCAGCAGCAUGAAGCUCACCAUCAGGGAGAUCUGGUUCAGUUUUGCUGCACCCACCAACGUACGCUCCCCUUCGCAGGCCAUCUCCAGGCAGUUGAAUCUCCUGAGCACUGCCACCCCAGCCAUCGGUGCCUGGCUAGUUCCCAUCGACCAGCUCAAGUCAUCUCUUCGCAAACUGGACAUGGAAGGCACACUGAGAGUGUGCGCGGUCAUGGGAUGCAUCAUGACGGAAGCCCUGGAGAAAAAGAGCAUCCAUAUACCGAUCCGGAGCAAGUACAACCGUGUGACCAAGCGAGCCCGAUAUCUCCACGAGAACCCGUCCUGUAUGCUCUGUAACAUCCUGCACCGAUACCUGCAGCAGGCGGACUACUCUGUCAUCGAGGAGGCCACCAUGAACGACGGUGUCCCAGCCCUUGUCACUCUCAAAAAAGGUCUGGUGGCUCUCGCCAGACAGUGGAUGAAAUUCAUCGUCGUCACCCAGGGCUUCAAAGCCAUCGGACUGAUGCGGCCGAAUCAGCUCGCCAAACCCAAAGAGCCCACGCUGAACUUGGCUGAGACCAUCCUGGGCCUGGACAACGGUGCUGCAUUGCAGAGCGACACCAGUGCUGACGGAGCGGAAUUUGAAUAUGACGCAGCCACAGUGAGCGAACACACCAUGCUGUUGGAGGGAGCAUCCAGCCGCCCCCCACCAAAAGAGGCUACGUCUGGCCCGGUCAGCGGAGUCGAGAUCAUGAGGAAACUCUCCAAAUCUCACACCCAGCACGAGUCCGCGCUGAGGAUUAAGGGCUCCCAUCCCUACCAGUCUCUGAGCUACACCAGCGGCGACACAGCGGCCGACUCGCCUGCACAUGUGAGUCGCGGCGGGCUCCCUGCGAAGGACAGUCCCAGGAAAGAGAGUCUGCUUAGCAACCUGACCGGAAGCUUUCGCAGUCUUCACAACCUGCUGGAAGGAACGCCACAGAGGACCCAGCCGUCUGGGGCCACAGCCGCCAAAAGCAGCUCGCUCACACGCACAGGGACAGACAUGCUGACCGAGCACCCACUGCUGUCUGAGCCGUCCUCCGUGAGCUUUUACAACUGGAUGUCCAACGCCGUGGGCAACAGAGGCAGCACUGCCGUGCAGGAUUCCCCCGUGAACCGCUCCCAGCAUAACAGCCUGCAGACAGGUGGGACAUGUAACCUCCCCACCAUCCCCUCGGCCUCCGACUUCAACACAGUGCUCUCCAGCGACCAGAACACUCUUGAUGGGACGCAGUCUCAACAUUCCCAGCACAGCACCAGCCAGGACGACUUGGCCGACAUCGAAGAGGGGAACCAGUGUCCUGCAGCGGUUCAGCUGGCUGAUGCUCAGGUUGUUUUCAAGCCGUUGCUGAGCUACACCGGCAUCCAGGCUCAGGACACCACGCCGCUUAGUUACAAGAUGUAUUUCGGAGAGCACCUGUCAUUCUCUGGAAACCUGGAGUGUCUACGAGCCGACAUUGUGGACUCUGACACGACAAAAGAGCGCAAGAACAAACGGUCGAGAAGGCAGGGCAUGGUGAACCUCCCGCCUCUUGAGUUCAAGCCUGCUCUGCUGAUCGAGACCUUCAGCCUGAAUGCUGUCGUGAUGGAGAAAUCCACCAGCGCGCCUCAGGGACCCACCGCCGCCCCACUGUCCUUCCACGAUCUCAACCGCCGCCACUACAACACUUUCCACUGUGACUUCACCACCGCCUGCCAGUCCAUUAGCCAGAGGGUGGACAUGGCCCUGGUCCGUCUCAUCCACCAGUUCAGCACCAUGAUCGACGACAUCAAGGCCACUCAGACCGACAUCAAGCUGAGCCGCUACACCGCGGGCUCCGCGUCUCCGACACCCACCUUCAAAGCCAGGCCUUACCGCCAUUUCAGGUCAUCUGACUUCAGUCGCAGCUCACGGGGGAGUCUCAAUGGGGGAACACGCAGCGGGACACAAACUCUGAAGAGCAAGAGAGGCAUGGGAGCUGGAUCAGGUGGAGGGGUGUCUGGUGUGCUGCCACCUAAUGGACCUCCUUCAGGCAUGGACACAUUGGGAAGAAGAGAGCCAAGAGGACGCACUUCACUUGGACGCUCAGAGAGAAGAACAUCUAAGGUGUCGAGAAAAGGCUCCCGUGACGUGGCCGACCACAUGGCCAACCAGAUGGACGACUCGGACUCCAUCACAGUGUCGGAGCAGAGCGAGCCGUCAGCGGAAUGUUGGCAAAACAUGUACAAGCUUCUCAACUUCUACUCGCUCAUCUCAGAUCCCACCGGCAUCCUGGAGAAAAGUUCCCCGGAGAACUGCCUUCCAGAAACGGUGCGUCGACAGUCAGAGCCACUAUGUAAAGUGAUCUUUGAGAACGAGCAGCAGGAGCCAGCGACGCCCAACAAGCCGGUCGGUGCUGGCGGGCGGCGUCGCAGCCUGGUGAGCUCUGAGCCUCACCACGUCACCCUUAUUGUGUUCGGCAUUGGCAUGGUGAAUCGCACUCACCUGGAAGCCGACAUUGGUGGGUUGACCAUGGAAGCCGAGCUGAAGAAGAUCCACGGAAGUUUCACUCUGAAGGAGAAGAUGAAAGAUAUCCUGCACCAGAAAAUGACUGAAACCUGCGCUUCAGCUCAUAUAGGAGGAGUCAACAUUGUUCUGCUGGAGGGAAUAACGCCUGAUAUCCAAACUGUGGUGAAAUGCAACAUCGCCAAGUCUCAGGCCCUGUACAGUGCCCAGCGUGGCCUGAAGACCAACAACGCCGCCGUCUUCAAAGUGGGAGCCAUCAUGAUCAACAUCCCCCAACACCCAGCCACUCUGCACAGCAUGAUGGUCCGCAGCUCCCACCAGCUCUCCAAACAGAUCUCAGACCUCAUUCGACAGCCUUCCAAUGUUCAACCACCCAACAGGGAAGACACGCCCACCCCGCAGCCCUCAGACAAAGCGCCCAGCAUCAAUCAGACUCCGGUGGAGGCCAACGAGUUCCCUCAGCUGCCCGAAGGUCUGGAGAAGAAGCCCAUCGUCCUCAAGUUCAGUGCCAUGAUGGAUGGCAUCACCAUCGGGGCUGCCCUGCUGCCCUCACUUAAAGCUGAGUACAAGAUGGGGCGAAUGAAGAGCCACGGCAUGACAGGUGCUCAAACCAGUUUCACCUUCGAGCUGCCGAACCACAAGCUCUGCUUCCAGUCCAAAGUGUCUCCCGUGGACAUGUCCACCAUGCCGCCCUCGGCUAGUCUCACCCUUCCCCCGGUCACCAUGUCAGGCGAGUACAUCAUGGAGGACCACGAGAGCCACUCGGACCAAGGCUGGGCUCCCGAUGAUUUCCCAGCCAAGCAGGGAAACUACCUCCAAGGAAACUAUCUACGAUGCGUGGCUGAGAUCGGGUCUUUUGAGCACAACCUGACCACCGAUCUUCUCAACCACCUUGUAUUCCUGCAAAAGGUUUUCAUGAAAGAAGUCAAUGAGGUCAUCCAGAAGGUUUCAGGUGGUGAGCAGCCCAUCCCGCUGUGGAACGAGCAUGACACAUCAACAGAUGCAGACAAACCCAAAAUCCUGCUGUAUUCACUGAGCCUCAUGUUCAAGGGAAUCCAAAUGACCGCAACCACUCCGUCCAUGCGGGCCGUACGUUUUGAGACCGGCUUGAUUGAACUGGAGCUGUCCAAUAGGAUUCAGUGCAAAGCUCAGCCCGGCGGGAGCAGCAGUUACCUCAAACUGUUCGGGAAGUGUCAAGUGGACCUCAACCUAGCUCUGGGGCAAAUCGUCAAGCACCAGGUUUAUGAAGAGGCUGGCUCGGACUUCCACCAGGUGGCAUACUUCAGGACACGGAUUGGUCUGAGGAACGCUUUGCAGGAGGAGAUCAGUGGAUCAUCCGACAAGGAGGCAGUGCUCAUCACGCUCAACAGACCGAUCGUCUUCGCACAGCCAGUGGCCUUUGACCGAGCUGUGCUCUUCUGGCUGAACUACAAGGCUGCGUACGACAACUGGAAUGAGCAACGAAUGGCGCUUAACAAGGACAUCCACGUGGCCACCAAGGAGGUGGUGGACAAGCUUCCAGGCAUCCAACAGACCUCCGCCCAGGCUUUCAGCACACUCUUCCUCCAACUGACCGUCAACGACCUGGGCAUCUGCCUGCCCAUUACCAACACCUCCCAGAGAGGACAAGGUCCACCUACAGAUGGCACCAAAACCGAGGCUGGGGCCGCCACGUCAGUGGGCCAGCAAAAAAGUGCAGGAAAAACAAACCACAGCAUCGAUUUCGACACCGGCUCAGCCCUGGUUCUGACCAUCGAGAGCACACUGAUCACUGCCUGCUCCUCUGAGUCACUGGUGAGCAAAGGACACUUCAAGAACUUCUGCAUCCGCUUCGCCGAGGGGUUCGAGACGUCCUGGGACGACUGGAAGCCGGAGAUCAGGGGCGACCUCGUCAUGAAUGCCUGUAUCGUUCCGGACGGCACUUAUGAAGUUUGCUCCAGGACGACAAGGCAGCCAUCUGCUGCUGAGAGCAGCAGCGCCGGCACCUGGACUCUCAACGUGCUCUGGAAGAUGUGCGGCAUCGAUGUUCACAUGGAUCCAAACAUCGGCAAGCGCCUCAAUGCUCUUGGCAACACCCUGACGUCGCUGACAGGCGAGGAAGACAUAGACGACAUCGCCGACCUGAACUCAGUCACCAUAGCUGACCUCUCGGACGAGGACGAACCGGACAGCAUGUCGCCCACCAUCCACAUGAGUCCAGAGACCCAGUUUAGCCCCCGUCUGACCUUGAGGAAGCGUCUGGUAAACCACAUUCUGGGCCUCAGCCCCAGGCCUCAGAGUGUGUCUGUCUCGCCCGACUACUCAAACUGUUCCUCACCUCGCCUCAGAGCGGGCAGUGCCAGGGCCCAAAGACCCGUCUCCUGGGCCUGCGAGACAAUUGACCCUCGAAGGCAGCUGGUGAUGGGAAACCAGGUGCUGGACGCUCGCGGGAGGAAGUUCACCAAGCGGGUAGUGGACAUCCGGGAGCUAAACGAGCAGGCGAAGGUCAUCGAUGACCUCAAGAAACUGGGCGCCAGCGAAGGAACCAUCAACCAGGAGAUCCAGCGCUACCAGCAGCUCGAGUCUGUCGCAGUCAACGACAUCAGGCGAGACGUCAGGAAGAAGCUGCGGCGCUCCAGCAUGAGGGCGGCUUCACUUAAGGACAAGUGGGGUCUGGGCUACAAACCAAGUUACAACCGCUCUAAAAGCAUCUCAGCGGCAGCAGGUCGACCCCCGCUGAAGAGGAUGGACAGACAGAGUUCUAGAUUAGGAGAUGUCGAGGACUUCCCAGACAUCCGGGUGGAUGCGUCCUCUCCUGGACCUCGAGUCACCUUCAACAUCCAGGAUCCGAUGAAUAAUCAGGCUUUGGAGUCUGCAUUCGCACCUGCUAGUCCCGGAGAGGUGUUUAAGUUUCCCGAGGAGACAGACGGGGACCUGUUGUCUGUCACCGUCGACGAGCCCUCCCAUCCUCAUCCUCAUCUCCAUCCUCAUUCUCCGUCUGUCCUUGAGGACCGGCACUCAGUGUUCAGUUCGCCCGGCACACCCGCUGUCUUCUCACCUGCCAUUCCCUUCCAGCAUGACGACUUGAGGCGAGACGACCUGUCCUCGUCCUCCUCUGAAGACUCUGAGAAGGAGGAUGAGUUUGAACGCGAGAGGCCGCUAAGCUAUCGGAGACCUUUUCAAACUUCUAACCGGAAGUCCUCAGGAUUCUCCGCCGUGAGCCAGCUCUUCAGUGAGCGCUGGCCGAGCACACCAGCCAGUCGGGGUUUUGGCAGCCCCGCCACCGAACGGAACAUCGACUUCGAGCUGGAUGUACGUGUGGAAAUUGACAGCGGAAAGUGUGUCCUUCAUCCAACCACACAACAGGCCGAACACGAGGACGUCUCCUUUAGGAGAAGCUGCGAGCGCAGCCUCAGGAGCUUGGACCAGGAGUCGCCCCCCAAGAAGAAGAAGCUGCAGCCUGCGUACACAUCCACCACCCAUCUCCUCGCUGGCAAGAAAUGUCCCACCUCCCUGCAAACCAAAUCCAACGACAUGGAGACCACAGUCUUCUACAUUCCAGGAGUAGACGUUAAGUUGCACUAUAACUCCAAGACCCUGAAGACAGAAUCACCCAACGCCUCGCGGGGAUCAUCUCUCCCGCGCACUCUCUCCAAGGAGUCAAAGUUGUUUGGUAUGAAAGAUAACGGCCCCCCCACUCUCCCAAAUGCUGUUCAAAGCAAGACUAACUCGCUCCUACCUCCCCCGCCCCCACCUAUUCCAUCAGCGAAAGGAAAAGGCAGCGGAGGAGUGAAGACGGCCAAGCUGUACGCCUGGGUCGCUCUCCAGACUCUGCCCGAGGAAAUGGUCAUCAGCCCCUGUCUGCUUGACUUCCUGGAGAAAGCUCUGGAGACCAUCCCCAUCACGCCGGUGGACCGAAACUAUUCAGUUGUGGCCUCCCAGGAAGAGGACAUGGGUCAGUUUGAAGCUGUCGAGCCUCUUGAGGAGUCCACUACCUCCCUGGUCUCCUCAUCUACAUCAGCGUACUCCUCCUUCCCUGUGGACGUGGUGGUCUACGUUAGAGUCCAGCCCUCACAAAUCCGCUUCAGCUGCCUGCCCAUGUCUCGGGUGGAGUGUAUGCUCAAACUCCCCUCCUUAGAUCUGGUCUUCUCUUCGAACCGGGGGGAGUUGGAGAACCCGACAGGGUCCCAUCCGACAGACGGACCUCACCCACCGUCCUCCACACCGCCAGGACAGCACGUCCCCAAACUGCCGACAAGCAAAGCGUCUCCGUUACUGGGCAGCCCUCUGGGCAGGACCCGGCACAGCAGCAGCCAGUCGGACCUCACCGGCCCCUCCAGUAACUCCUCAGGCCUCAGCUUCACUGCCUGCAUGUCCGACUUCUCCCUCUACGUCUUUCACCCCUACGGCGCUGGAAAGCAGAAGUCUGCCGUUACAGGUCUGCCCCCUGGCCCCGGACCACUGGGGUCGGUCGACGAGGAGCCGUCUUCAGUCACAGGAAGAAAGGACUCUCUGAGCAUAAACCUGGAGUUUGUAAAGGUCAGCCUGUCCCGGAUGAGACGCACCGGAGGACCCACCUUCAUCGAGAGCUUCGUUCCUGGAAAGGGUGGAAAAAUGGACACCACCCUCAUCAACAUCUCGGCUGUCUGUGACAUCGGCUCCGCCUCCUUCAAGUACGACAUGAGACGGCUGAGUGAGAUUCUGGCCUUCCCAAGAGCUUGGUACCGGCGGAGCAUCGCACGCCGACUCUUCCUGGGAGACCAGACCAUCAACAUGCCAGCAUCUGUACCUGCCACUCCUGACUCAGCGGAAAACGUCACGUCACACCUGUCGCCCGAGUCCAGCAGAAAAGCCUACUGGAGAACGUGGGACGGCAGCACAGGGACUCACAUCCCUCAGUCCCCCAAUGUCUUCUCCGAGCACUCGGCCACCAGCAACAUGUCUCCCGGCGGCAUGGGUCACCUCAAGUCGCCGGCUCCAGGUCGCACCAGAAGUGUGUCCGACUCGUCCGCUCCGAGACGAGAUUCUGUGUCCAAAACGUCGACACCCGCCUUCAGUAAAAACGGUAAAGCGUCAGGCCAGCAGGGGGCGCCGUGGGAGACGCUGGUGGUGUUUGCUAUCAACCUGAAGCAGCUGACCGUCCAGAUGAACAUGAGCAACGUGAUGGGGAACAACACCUGGACCACCAGCGGGCUGAAGAGCCAGGGCCGCCUGUCUGUGGGCAGCAACAGAGACCGCGAGAUCAGCAUGUCUGUGGGUCUGGGCCGAUCCAAGCUGGACUCCAAAGGUGGAGUGGUGGGCGGGAACAUCGACGUGAACACGCUGGAGAUGGUCUCCCACAUCUCGGAGCAUCCGAACCAGCAGCCCAGCCAUAAGAUCCAGAUCACCAUGGGCUCCACGGAGGCCCGGGUGGACUACAUGGGCUCCAGCAUCCUCAUGGGAGUGUUCAGUAAUGCCGACCUGCAGCUCCAGGACGAGUGGAAGGUCAACCUGUGCACGGUGGACAACAGCAUGUCCGAGAAAAGCGAGAUCUUCGUCCAUGGGGAUCUGCAGUGGGACAUUUUCCAGGUCAUCAUUUCGCGCUCCACCACUCCGGACCUCAUCAAGAUUGGCAUGAAGCUGCAGGAGUUCUUCACGCAGCAGUUCGACACCAGCAAGCGAGCCCUGUCCACCUGGGGCCCCGGGCCCUACCUGCCCCCCAAAACCCCUGUCAUCAACGCCGAGAAAGGAGCCACGGAGCUUUACAUGGACGCCGCUCACCACCGCCACUGGCCCGGCGUGCUGAAGGUCAUCGCCGGGUGCCACAUCUCGCUCUUCCAGAUGCCCCUGCCGGAGGACGCCGUUCAGCUGGGCGGCUCCAUGAGUCUCCACGGCAACCACAUGACCCUGGCCUGCUUCCACGGGCCCAACUUCCGCUCCAAGUCAUGGGCUCUGUUCCACCUGGAGGAGCCCAACAUUGCCUUCUGGACAGAGGCACAGAAGAUCUGGGAGGAUGGCUGCAGGAAGGAACAGUCAGAGCCCAGUUCGUCGCAAGAUUACUCAGUGUGUUACAGGAAAGGCACCAAAGACAACUCCACCUACAUCGUCCAGACGCUGGACUUCCAUCUGGGCCACAACACCAUGGUGACCAAACCCUGCGGCGCGCUGGAGAGCCCCAUGGCCACCAUCACCAAGAUCACCCGGCGCCGCCACGAGAACCCGCCGCACGGCGUAGCCACCGUCAAAGAGUGGUUCAACUACGUCACUGCCAUGAGGAACGAAGAGUUGAACCUGCUCAGGAAUGUGGAAGCCAACAACCAGGAGGCCGGCGCCGCCGCCAAGAGCUCGAGUCUGCUGAGCAGCUUCCGCAGCAACUCCAGCUACAACCACGAGACCGAGACCAUAUUCGCACUGCCCAGGAUGCAGCUGGACUUCAAGUCCAUCCACGUCCAGAAACCCAGCGAGCCUUCGCUCUCAGACCCAGACAGCAAGCCCAAGGUGGAGUGCAGCGUGGUGACAGAGUUCACCGACCACAUCUGCGUCACCAUGGACGCCGAGCUCAUCAUGUUCCUCCAUGACCUGGUGUCAGCUUACCUGAAGGAGAAGGAGAAAGCCUUGUUUGCCCCGCGGAUGUUUGCCGCCCGGCCGGGUCAGAAGAGCCCCACCGCCCUGCACGACAACAGCUCCUCGGACAAAGACAAAGAGGAGAGCAUCAACUACACCACGGUGGACUGGAGGGAGUUCAUGUGCAACACCUGGCACCUGGAGCCCACCCUCAGGCUCAUCUCCUGGACCGGACGCAAGAUCGACCCGGUGGGCGUGGACUACAUCCUGCAGAAGCUGGGCUUCCAUCACGCCAGGACUACCAUCCCCAAAUGGCUGCAGCGGGGCGUGAUGGACCCACUGGACAAAGUUCUGUCGGUGCUGAUCAAGAAGCUGGGCGCCGCCCUGCAGGACGAGAAGGAGAGGAAGGGGCGGGACCGCGAGGAGCACUGAAGUCUUGUCCAGUCACUGGAGCACUGAAGCCACUACUGUACAAACCUAGCCUGAACCUCCAGCUGAAGCGUCGUCUGUAUAUGUUGAACAAAGUAGGGAUUUUUUCAUUUUGGACGAAAGGUGACAGACCCCGCCUCCUGACCUGCCAUCACCCACCUUAACGCUUUAUUUAAGACUCGCCGACGUCUCAUGAGAUGACUUCCCGAUUCAUGGCCUUUCUUUGUUCCACAGGGAGACACACUAGAUAUGAUUUAUUUUUUUAGAGCAGCCUUUGGAUAUUUAAGAGCGAAUCAGUGAGCGUUGGAUGUGAAGCAGCCGACUCCACGUGAGGAUGGUUAUUAUUUAUAGGUGUGUGUGUGUGUGUGUGCGUGUGUGUGUCUGUCCAGUGUUAGCUUGGUGUGUCAAGCUUGUUUUUAUCCUUUUUUAAUCCAUGUAAUAGAGCCGGUGUAUAUAAUUCAAUUUCUUAAACGUGUUGGUUUCCUAACUUAAUAAAAAAGAUGCCAUUUGAUUUGAUUUACUCUGCGGUUCUCUGGUUUCGUUUCAGCCAAGCUGCGGAUGUUAGACACCGUUUCCUCUGUUAUCACUUCCUGUGUAGGGCGGCUUCCAGGAUGAGGGACAGAAGUGAGAAGCAGAAGAGCAGCAGCAGCUGGUUGGACGGUGG